CGAAUAGAAAUGUAGAUAAAUGUCAAGAUUGGAAGAAAAUGUCUGUACUUGUGGCCGACCUAGUGGGUCGGUCAAUYGUCAAGGAUAAAGUCGAAACAAAAUCUAACAUGUUAACGCUGUUGAUUCGUGCCGCAUCGGGUGUUAUCGGACACGGCACCAAUGCUCUAAAAGCUCUUAUAGUAAACGGAUUGGUACUUUUGACGAAAACUAUYUUGAAUGUCUCUGAUUACGGAACAACCUGCAAUUACAGAGCUACUGGCCAAAAAACUAAGAUCGUCCCCGAUGGUCGUCCAAUCGACUGGAUUAUGAAUAAUCCAUAUAUAAAGUCGAUGAUGAAAGAUGCGACGGACGAAACGUUACCAGAUCUAUUAAUCGGACAUUUGACGUCGCAAAUGCCAUGUGUUCAGUUGCUGCUUUGUCGCUUGUCACCAAUCAUACACUACAUGCAGCGUCAGGUAAAGAGGAGUAGGCGAAGUCCUUCCCACGAAUGGUUGACGUGGAAUGUUUCCGACUGGCAACAAGUCAAAGGAAACGCAAUGCAUUGUGCGGAAAAACAUUACGAAUGCGGGGAAAUGAUAAAACGGAAUUCGUCCCGGUGAUGCAAAUCGCGAGUAGUAUGAUAUCGGCAAACGUGAUCCUGAUGCUUACGUGGUGAUAUUUCUGUUCGAAAUUCUAUUUUUAUUUAACAAAAAUAUUAUU